AUGGAAAUGGAACACAAAAAAAUUGAAGUGAAAUUUUUAAGGAACGUUUUGAGGUUAUACCGUACGAUUUGUUAUAAUAAAUUUGUCGUAUCAGAACUAUAUAUUCUACUUAUAUCUAAAUAAUGUUCGUUCUCAGAAAUUUGGUGAGGUCAGAUUCUAGCAAAAUACGUUCCUUUUCAAGAUGUUGUGUUCGAGCUCAAACAGCAGCUGAACCUCUUUCAACCCCCACUCCUGAUGGACAUCCAAUAAAUAUAACACCCAAGAUUGAAAAGCUUGUGGCAGAUAUUUCUCAGCUGACAUUAGUCGAGGUAUCAGAGCUGAGCACGGCCUUGAAGCAGCGACUGAACCUUCCAGAUGCUCCGAUGAUGGCCAUGGGUGCGAUGCCGGUUGGGGCAGCCCAACCUCAGGAGGAUGAUGAAGAUGCUCCAACAAAAGCUGUCAAGACCGACUUCACUGUUAAAUUGAUGAAAUAUGACGAGAAACAAAAAGUUGCGCUCAUCAAGGAAAUCAAAAACCUUCUGGAAGGCAUGAACUUGGUCCAGGCCAAGAAAUUUGUUGAGAGCGCGCCUACAGUGGUCAAGGCAGAUGUGCCAAAGGAAGAAGCGGAGAAGUUGAAAGAAGCUUUAGUAAAAGUUGGAGCUGAAAUCACCAUAGAGUAGGCUGUUGUUUAUGAUAGGAUAGUUUUGUACAAAGGAUAGAUACCACCAACCAAUAAAAUUUGUAAUAUUGAC